AUGUAUUGAAUCUGAUUCAAAGUAUUGUAUUGUAAUGUUUAUUGGUUUGAAACUUUGUUUGUUUAUUUGUUCCAUGGCUUAAACACAAACCUUUUCUCCAGCAGAAUUUGAUAGCUUUCAUCAAGUUUGGUGAGGACUGCAUACUUUUCUGGGGUGUAAAUGAUCACAAUGAAAAUAGUGUUGAAAAAAAACUUCUGGGUUAUUUUUGUUCUACUCCUUUUAGGAUUUGCAGCUAAUUUGCACACUGCAAAACGCGCUCCUCGGCCUAGGCCUCGCCGGAUUCUCUUGGAUACAGAUGUUGAUACGGAUGAUUUCUUUGCUUUGCUCUACCUCUUAAAGCUUAACAGAUCAGAGUUUGAGUUAGAGGGUGUGACUAUCAACACAAAUGCCUGGACUGAUGCUGGACAUUCUGUGAAUCAAAUAUAUGACAUCCUUUACAUGAUGGGGCGCGAUGAUAUCGCUGUUGGAGUUGGCGGCGAAGGUGGAAUACUAAAAGAUGGUACCAUUCUUCCUAAUGUUGGUGGAUAUCUUCCCAUAAUAGAACAGGGUGUUACAACCACUGGGGGAUGUAGAUAUAGACAAGCUAUCCCAGUAGGUAUUGGAGGUCGUCUGGAUGCUGAUACAAAUUUUGGCAUUAGAAAAGCUCUUCUUCCUCAGGGAAGCAGGAGAUAUAGACCUAUUAAACAACCAACUACUCAGCAGGUAAUGUAUGAGAAAAUAUCUGCAGGUCCUAUAACUUUUAUGGUUAUAGGAGUAUUUACAAACUUAGCCAUUUUCCUUAUGAGAAAUCCACAUUUGAAGAAAAAUGUGGAGCAUAUUUUUGUCAUGGGGGUUGGAGUGAGAUCAAAGAACCCAACAGCUAGAAAAGGAAAGCCAGACUUGUUCUGUUCUGCUUCUAGUUUUAUUGAUGUUGUUAUGUCUACCAUUUCUCUUGCUUCUGAUGGUCAGUCUGGUUGGUUCUUUGCGCCAAGUUUUGGUGUAGCAGCUAUAUUUCGAUUCAUCCUCUUUUUCCAAGGGUUUCAUAAUUGGACAUUGAACCCAUUUCAUAUGAUGGGAGUUGCAGGGGUAUUGGGUGUUGCUUUGCUAUGUGUUAUUCACUGA